AUGAACGGAUUACUCUUCAAGAUUUUCCAUAGCAUCCAGUUCUCUCAUCUUGCCACGAUGUCUAACAACCUCUCAGAAGCCUCUGGUCAAGGAUUAGGUGGCUUAUUCCUGGGCUAUAUUGUCGGCACUGUCCUGUUCGGCAUCACAAUUCUUCAGGUGUAUCAGUAUUUCACCAACUACCUGAAGGAAUCGAGACUGCGAAAGCUAUUCGUCAUCUUCAUUUUCUCUCUCGACCUCUCACAUAUGGUUAUCGGGUCAAAGAUGCUCUAUGUCAUGAUGAUAUCCUAUGGGUAUCUUCCCAAUCCCGAUGAUAAUGUCAUCACACUUUUUAAGGCCUUUAGCACGGUGCAGGCCGCAAUGGUCAUGUCAGUUCAAGGUUUCUACACUUAUCAGAUAUGGAGAUUGUCGAACAAUCUCUACUUGAAUCGUGUCUUUGCACAUUUUGUCAAGACCGUAAUAGCUUUCACUAUUAUUUGCGGUAUAGGUGUUGGAACUGCGUUCAACCUUUUCGAGAACAGGGAGCAAGUGCGCUCUUUGCACAACUUCACUCCUUCCGAAAAGAACGUUAUCUUCCUUGGGCUCGCGACAACGGCCUUCAUUGAUUCCAUCCUUGGAGUGACGAUGGCCGUCGUGCUUUAUCAGAGCCGCCCAGACAGUAGGAGACUUGUGGAUAUCAUUGGAUUCCUAGUUCUAUUCUUUGUCGGGACAGGGUUACUAACAGCGAUUACGCCUCUCCUGCUCCUCGUUCUGUACGCUCUUAACCCGGAUAGCAUGCUCUACAUCAGCGUAGAGUUCUCGAUCACAAGAUUAUAUGCCAACUCUAUAUUGGCUCUCUUUAACGCAAAAAAGAAAUUCCACAAGAAGCUUGAAACGCCUGCAGACCUCGAGUUACCCGCCAGUGCACUCUUAUUUGAUGGGGGUAUUGGUGGUUUUCCUGGUGACUCUCACAUAUGA